UCAUCAUCAUCAUCAUCACAGCCUCCAUCCGCCCGCGCCGCGCUGCACCUGCCGACAGCGCUGCCAUUAAAUACAAUGGAAAGAGCAGAAAGACACGGAAACAUCUAAAACAGACGCCUCUCCUCCAACAGACAAGAAUGAGUGAAGAGGUGCCAGUUUCUCCCAGCUGGCUGGCUCAAGAACCCACCUGGGGCAGCAGCGGCGCGGGCAGCAUAGAGAACAUCACUGUAGGAACAUACCCACCUGCGGUCGUCCUGCCAGCGAGACCACCUGCGGAGCUGCUGGUGAACCCAUGGGACAUCGUACUGUGUUCAUCCGGCACCCUCAUCGCCUGUGAAAACGCCCUGGUGGUUUUGGUCAUCUGGCAGAACCCGGCUCUACGCGCCCCAAUGUUUCUGCUGAUCGGCAGUCUAGCUCUAGCUGACCUACUGGCUGGUUUGGGACUAGUCCUGCACUUUACUUUCGCAUACCUGCUGCGUUCUGAUUCAGCCCAGCUGUUGACUGUAGGUCUGGUGGUGGCGUCCUUCUCCGCAUCUGUUUUCAGCCUGCUGGCCAUCACCAUUGACCGAUACCUGUCGCUGUACUACGCUCUCACCUACAACUCCGAACGAACUGCCGCCUUCACAUACACCAUGCUGGUGCUUCUAUGGGGCGUUUCCUUGUGUUUGGGUUUGCUCCCAGUCACUGGUAUCAACUGCCUAGGGCAGGAGGCGAACUGCAGCGUGGUAUGGCCCCUAACGAAAAACAAUGUGGCUGUUUUAUCCGUGUCCUUCCUUCUACUCUUCGGCCUCAUGCUACAACUUUAUGUGCAGAUCUGCAAAAUUGUCAUGCGGCAUGCGCACCAAAUUGCCCUCCAGCACCACUUUUUAGCAGCAAGCCCUCAUUACGUCACGACGCGUAAAGGCGUAUCCACGCUGGCGAUAAUUCUGGGCACGUUCGCUGCCUGCUGGAUGCCGUUUACUGUAUACUCACUCAUAGCCGAUUAUACAUACCCACCGCUCUACACGUACGCCACCCUGGUUCCAGCCACCUACAACUCAGUCAUCAACCCAGUCAUUUACGCCUUCCGCAAUCAAGAGAUCCAGAAAGCGUUGUGGUUGGUGUGCUGUGGAUGUAUCCCUGCCAGCGUAGCCCAUCGGGCACGGACCCCCAGCGACGUCUGAUGUGAUGUGCCUAGGGAAUUGCACAGGUCAUGGGACAAGAAAGGGCAUGUGCGUCACCCGUUUCUGUCUUCCCCUAAAGCCCAAAGUAUACUUUGGUUUUUACGCAUAUGCGAGAGUCUGUGUACACCUGAAUCGUGAACCGGAUAUCCGCUUUGAAUUGUUUUUGCGCUGCUUAAUUUUGUCCACAAGGUGUCAACAGUAAACAUAUCAGGAAAAAACGGAAGGAUAACAAAAACACAAGUUUAUGAGGGGAUUACAAGGCAUCCAAAGAUGUAUUUUAAAGACUUUUUGGAGGGAAAAUGAGCAGAAAUUGGACAAGAAUAAAUCUUUCUUAUCAGUGUAAACUUCGACAGGCUGUAUGUUCGACUCGCGUGCGUAAAAAUCAAACUACGAAGUAAACUUUGGGCUUAAAUGUUAUGUGACAACCACUGCCACACAAUCUUUUGCCUGAUCCUGUUCCGACCAGCUGCCACACCCUGUCCAGGAUUUGAAAAAGGGCCGGGAAUUGAUGCAGUGUGGCAGGCAGCUGUAAAUAUCCUGUACAUAAAUAUGCCUUUGCAUUUUUUUGUGCUUGUUUUGGCUUGGCCACAGCGGCAGCCCCCUGUUGCAUGGGCUGUGAGGGAGGAGGAGGAUGAGGGGCAGCACGAGGCGGUCCGCUUGACUGGAUCCCGAAGCUCAUUCAUCUCGUCCUGCUGUUGCUGCAUUCAGGAACGUGCGCUGAACGUUAAGUAACCGCGGUGUGCUAAAAAUAGACACGAGGCGCUCGGUGAUCCGCGCCUUGCGUCCUCCAUAGAAACACAGAGAGGCGCGCUUUUCUCGUCUCUUUGAUUUAAAUCUCAACCCGAGCGUGGCCGAAUGUAAAAUGUCCUCCAAAGCAGAAAAACCAUGAAGAGCUAACUACAAUCUCAGAUCGAGAACCACUCUAUAAAUAACCCAACCCACGGAUGCCUUUAUUUUGGUUUAUAUCGGAAGUGGAACUGUCACCCGUCUUGCAUUCCUCUUCCAUAAAUGCGGGAUGAAAGUGAACGGGAGGGUGGAGAAAGUGUAUGUGUGGUCAUUUUAAACAGUCCCCUGUGAAUAGAGGCUCACUUCAAACAACUGUCGAGUACAAAACGUGCAUUAAGUGUUUGAGAAUAAGAGGUUUGUUUAUAUGCAGCGACGUUGUUGAGAACAGAACCGAAUGUAUUUUCUUUUGAUUUGCUCUUAAUUUGCAUUGUGCCCCCAAAGCUCUGAAUAGAUCACUGCUGCUUUUAUUAUGUUCAACUGGUAAUUAAUACUGGGUACAGGAUAGCUGUCAAACAAUGGUAAUUCAUAGCAUUUUGCUUCAAAUCUACAUGUAUUGCAUUUUCAAAGAAGCAUCAAUAUAUAUCAAUUAGAGGGGUAAUCUCUAACGCUAAUUACAAGUUU